CGCUCCCUUCUCAUCCUUUUCUCUACUCUCUUGACGGUUGACUCUCUCUCUCUCUCUCUCUCUGAUCCUUUGGGAUUAAUCGACGAUCGUCUUCAAAUCUCAAUCUAAAUUGUUCAAAUCACCACAUAAAUACUCUCUAAUCUUCAAUUCCCCAACGCUUCGGUCUUCUUACAAUUUCCUCUCCCGAUCCGUAUAAUCUCCUCGGGAAUAUCGUCUGAUCUUGUUCGAAUCAUCACCGAACAUGCUGUCUGCCGAUCCAAUCUUCGUCGAUUUUCUGGAAAAAAUCGGGAUUCGAUUCCUCUGUUGCGUCGAUUAGAGCUCGAAUUACAGGAGGCCGGUUGGUUUGGAGUUAGGGUUCCAAGUGUGUUUUUCGGGUCGAGAUGAAGAUCGAAUAUUUGGAUGAUUGUAGUAGUGACAGUAAGUGUGGUGCUGAGGAUGAGAGAAGCAUGAUGAUAGUGCCUGUUGAAGCGAAGAGGGCGCUGGUUGGAGCUGGAGCGAGGAUCCUAUUUUAUCCGACUUUGCUCUACAAUGUAUUCCGGAACAAAAUUCAGGCCGAGUUUAGAUGGUGGGAUCAGGUCGACGAGUUUAUUUUGCUUGGAGCGGUGCCAUUUCCCAAGGAUGUUCCGCGCUUGAAGCAGCUUGGCGUUGGUGGUGUUAUCACUCUGAAUGAACCCUAUGAAACCUUGGUCCCAACAUCAUUAUAUCAUGCACAUGAGAUCGAACAUCUUGUAAUUCCAACUCGGGAUUACCUGUUUGCCCCUUCGUUUGGCGACAUUAACCAAGCAGUGGACUUUAUUCACAAGAAUGCAACUAGCGGACGGACUACAUACGUACAUUGCAAAGCAGGGAGAGGAAGGAGCACUACCAUUGUGCUUUGCUAUUUGGUGGAGUAUAAACACAUGAGCCCUGCUGCAGCACUGGAGUAUGUCCGCUCUAUAAGACCUAGAGUACUGUUGGCUCCUUCCCAAUGGAAGGCUGUCCAAGAUUUCAAGCAGCAACGUACGGCAUCCUCCUCUCAUGCAUUUUCCCCUGCAGAUGCUGUACUGAUCACAAAGGCAGAUCUUGAAGGGUAUCACAGCUCACCUGACAAUUAUUCCGGCAAGCAACUGGCAAUCAUGCCCAGAGUGGCAAAGACUCGGACACGGCCCAUGAUAGCAAAACUUUCUUGCCUAUUCACCUCAUUGAAAGUGUCAGGAGUUUGUGGGCAGCCGGUUACACGGUGGCUGACAGAGGCUCCCGCCUGCUAAAAAAAGCUUGUGUUUUUGAAGAUGGGAUCGGCAUAAUAAUCAUACUCUCUCGUAUAUUCUGCUCAAGAGUGUAUUGAAGAUCCUUCCACGCUGUAAUAAAACCUAUUAGCUUCUCUAAGAGAUACUAUUAAUCAAUUUUAUGUAACGUGUGCUUUGCUAAGGGUGUUCGGAUUAUCAGUUUUUUAACGUGCUUUGUGAUUUGAAAAUACUGUUUUCAAAUUUUAAAGCACAUCUUUUUUUGUGUGUUUGUUUUUUUGACAACAUUUGCCUUGAGAAGUGUUUUUUAUUGAGUGUUCGGGUUGUCUGUCUGGCUUCUUGUUAUGCUGGCUUCUUGUUAUGCAUUUUGUGCAUAUGGGUUUGAAAAGAAAGAACAGAAUUUGUG